CGCCAUCUUGGGAAAAUUUACUUCUGCUUUCUGCGAGGAACUGUGACAAGGAAACGCAAUUUGCCCCCCAAAAUUGGCCAAGCGAUGUUUAUUUGAGCAGAUUGCGCCAGUGAUCGACUUGCUGUACAUGUUCUGGACAGAAAUGACUUCGACAACUAGAGUGAAUUUGUAAGGAUGUCGGUACUGUUGUAUUGUGCCAUGUUCUGAUGGAGUCUAUCGACCUCUAAUCAUCGAGAAUAGAGCGUGUCUGUCAUUUUGCAGCUGACUUCGGGAGGAAUAUUCACAGUGACCACCAUGGCCCUGAGUAAGCCCAACAGCCCGGAACCGGACCCGUUCACCUCAGAUACGGCUCGGGGCACCAAACUGGCAGCUCUGCUCAGAAAAAUAAUUGAAAAUGAAGUCCAGAACAAGACGGACCAUGUGCACGCAGGCCCGUCUGACGUGGCCGAUGACGUCAUCGCCUGUCUGAAGGACCUGUACGCUACAGAGUAUGCGCAUGUGCGGCCUCUACCGUGGUGCGAAGACUUCAACCUGCAUCUUGGAGAAGUUUACACCAACCUGCAGCUGCAGUACAGGGACCACAGGAGGGGACGCUUUCAGGACACUGGGACUAUCGUAAGCUUAGGAGACAUUUACAAUAUAAGGCCUAGGGAAUGUGAAGUUAACUUCAGAUCAGCUGUGAGAAAGAUAAGAGUAGAGGGGGACCCUGGUAUUGGGAAGUCGUGCUCUUGUCAGAAACUUGCCUAUGAUUGGUCCUGUGGGAAACUGGACAGGUUUAAGGUUGUCUUCUUUCUGCAAAUGCGACAUUUGGUUGGAAAAGUAAAAGAUGAAAUAUUUGAGCAGCUCCUACCAGAGGACACAAAAAUGACCCCGGACCAGCUCUGGUCCUACAUCCAAGAGAACCAGGAUGAUGUUCUCUUCAUACUGGACGGUCUAGAUGAGCUCAGUCAGACAGAUAGGGAAGUCACAGAUGUGGUGGACUUGAUUCAGGGUAAAAUCCUCAGGAACUGUCAUGUCCUGGUGACCUCCAGGCCGUACCAGUGUGUCAAAGACCUGGUGAACUGUCACCAAUUCUACAAAAUCGUCGGCUACAGUAAGAAAAAUUCAGAGGAGUUCAUCCACAAAUACUUUUGCAAAUCCCCAGAGUCUGGUUUGGAACUAGUGAAACAGAUUCGCAGUAACAGCACUUUGUCAGAAAUAGUAGUCAAUCCCCUUAACAACGUGCUCAUAUGUGUUGUGUGGGAAGACAAUAAUGGAAAACUGCCCUCUAGCAAAGAUGAACUAUAUGAAAUGAUUGUUAAUGCAGUUGCCAUGGUACAAUGUACAAAGAUAUAUCUUCCGAUGGAGGGUGUCAACCUUCCUCCUGCAAUGGAAGAGGCCUUGCGAGACCUGGGAACACUGGCCUGGGAGGGACUAGAGCAGGAACAGUUUCAGUUCAACAUAGAACAAAUACAAAGUAAGUACGGCACAACUGCCGAUAAUAUGUUAAACAUGGGCCUCUUGACUAGAGAUUACUCUUUCUCCAGAAUCAAACGCAUUUGCUACUGCUCUUUCCUGCAUAAAACGAUUCAGAAAUACAUGGCCACCCACUAUACCAAUGGCCCGGUCUGUCGCCGUUUUGGUGUGUCAGAUGGACCUGUGGUUAACAGGGAACUGAUUAUGCAUUGCUAUCAUGAGUAUAGGGGGAUUCAAAACAGGUUACUUUUGACCCUGGGUGAAGAUUCACGCCCACUAUUUGAAAGGUUUGUUAAGGAACUAAACAAAGCCCAAACUGAUAAAGACAGGAACCUUUUGUCAUUUUUGUGCAUCAUAUGGCUAGGGACAAGUUGUGCAGGUGAUAAAAUGGCCGAUAUUGUAGCACCCUGUCUGCCUGAACACGCAACCAACUGCGGCCAGAGGGGGUUAAAAGUUUUUGGUUAUGAUCAUGCCAAUUGGUGUGUCGGUUUGGCACACGUACUGACUUUCCAAAAGAAACCCCCUGUGGUCGACGGUGCGUGUUUGAUACAACAUCUCACAAUCCACUGCGAUCGUAUAGAUGGCGCACAUCAAGAGAAGCUUGGUGUGUUGGAAAAUGCAUUAUCAGAUUUUAGCGCAAUGCGUUCUGUGACAUUAGUUGAUACUAUUGCUGACACCCCUCUACGCACAUUCAUACCUCGGUGCGGAACAGAACUUGUGGUCAUACGUAUCAACAAUUAUGCCCUAUCUCUUCUGUCAUUGCUAAGUAAGCUAGAACAAUUGUCGGCAGUAUCAGCACUAAUGAAAGACUUGCUUACUUAUUUGAUAAAGUCUCCUCAUCUCAGGGGUGAGUCGCUUGCGUCAAGGUUCCUAUGCCCCCGUUUAUCAACGAUAGAACAUGUAGAAAUUGCUGCAUGUACGGUCUUGUGUGACCCCGACGAGCGUGAUGUAGACUUCUCAGAGUAUGACAGGCUGCUGGCCCUUAUGAUUGCGGGUCACAGUCGUCUCAGGUCUUUCAAGUUUGAGAUAGGUUCUUGGGAGCGAAAUGACUCGCAAGCCAGGGGAUUCGGUAACCUAACAGCGACCCUACAGAGCAUCUCCGAACAUGCACGACUCGAGGUUGUUGAGUUCGAGCUUCCAGGGAAAGACGAUUUAGAUCUAGACAUAGAAGACGAUGAAUUUCCUGAGGUGGAUUUGGUUAACAAUGGGUUGAUACCUGCAGGGAUGUUUGUACAAGAUGAAACAUUUAAUGCGGAGCCAAUGGUGCACACUCUCACAGAAUGUGUAAAGAAAAACAAGGUGCUGAGGACACUGAGGCUUAGAUGGAGAAUCAGUUAUAGUAAAGGCAACAUGAAUAAGAUAUACCAUGGGGAGUGCAGCAAUCAGUCUCUCUCCAGCCUGUGUUCAGCGAUCCGGGAGAACACAACUCUGGAGACGCUGGUGGUUGACGGGCUGCUUUCUCACUCAGAGUGUAGGGCAGAUAUGAUUUCCGAGCUGUUACGUAAUAAGCCUAGCAACUACAAGAAACUCAGUAUCACUUUGUCUGACAGUACCUCUCCUCGUGUCUAGGCCUAGGGC